GUACGUAGACUAGAGGAACAACGUGACCUCCUUGACCGUACGUAGACUGUAGAGGAACAACGUGACCUCCUUGACCGUACGUAGACUCUUGAGGAACAACGUGACCUCCUUGACCGUACGUAGACUAGAGGAACAACGUGACCUCCUUGACCGUACGUAGACUGUAGAGGAACAACGUGACCUCCUUGACCGUAUGUAGACUAGAGGAACAACGUGACCUCCUUGACCGUAUGUAGACUCUAGAGGAACAACGUGACCUCCUAGACCGUACGUAGACUGUAGAGGAACAACGUGACCUCCUUGACCGUACGUAGACUCUUGAGGAACAACGUGACCUCCUUGACCGUACGUAGACUAGAGGAACAACGUGACCUCCUUGACCCUACGUAGACUGUAGAGGAACAACGUGACCUCCUUGACCGUACGUAGACUGUAGAGGAACAACGUGACCUCCUUGACCGUACGUAGACUCUAGAGGAACAACGUGACCUCCUUGACCGUACGUAGACUGUAGAGGAACAACGUGACCUCCUUGACCGUAUGUAGACUCUAGAGGAACAACGUGACCUCCUUGACCGUACGUAGACUCUAGAGGAACAACUUGACCUUCUUAACCUCUUGGACCCUAGGUGAUGUGUCCUUGUAUACUGUAGAUGGACUCUGUAGAAACAAGUAAACCUUGUAGACUGUACUUAGACACUGUAGAAACCACUUGACCUCGUAGACCCUUAAAUCAAAGUGAUUUAUCCCAAAAAGAUUUGAAGUAAAGAAAACUUUGACUUUUUCUGUCCUGAAUCCCCCAGAUGGACCUGCCUCAUCACUAGACAUCAACCAACCAGCUGCUAACCCUUCGGCCCUCGCCAUGGCCAUCCUCAACUCUGCCAAAUGCAGACGCAGAGCCAGCAGCAACCCUCAGGUCCCUUUGGUCAUCAUCAGCCAGCCAAUCCCCGGACCAAUCACAGGCCAGAGCAGCCCUGCCCCCCCGAUCUUGAUGAAUCACUUGAGGAAGUGACCUCUCUUCCUGUGGCACAUGAUCAGCCAACCAGUGAGAACACAGGUGUUCCGGUGACAGCCAGGGAAGACACUCCCUCACCUGAAGAGGACCAGUCUGUUGUUGUUGAAACAGAAAUAAAGAUGGAAACUGUUGAAGCUGCCGUUGCUGACAGCCAACCAGCUAUGUGUGAGGAGGAGCAGAAGGAGCUGGAGAGGAAGAGAAGGAGGGAGCUGUACAAAGAGAAGAGGUUCUUCUGUGAACUCUGUAACAAAGGUUUCCACCAGAAACACCAGCUGAGGAAACACGUGUCCUGUCACCUCAAACCUUUCCCCUGCAGCUCCUGCGACAAAGGUUUCUACAAGGCCAAGAGUCUGCAGAAGCACCUGCUGAGCCACCAGCUAAGGGAGGCUCAGGAGAACGACCCUGACAAGCUGCUGCGUUGCAACCAGUGCAACAGGAAGUUCAGGUUGCUGCGGCAGCUCAGAGUCCACCAGGCGUCUCACCGGCUGGAGAAAACGUCGCUGCAGUGCCGCGUCUGCAACCGCACCUUCACCUCGGCGGGCGCACUGCGCUACCACGAGGUUUCGCACGCGCAGGUCAAGCCCUUCAUGUGCGACGUUUGCGGGAAAGGCUUCACCAGGAAGAAGAGCCUCCGCGAACACCAGACCGUGCACACCGGCGCCCGGCCGUACGCCUGCCCCGCCUGUGGAAAGAGCUUCUCCACCGCCAGCAACCUGCGCGUCCACAAGCGGUCGCACUCCGAGGAGCGGCCGUACAAGUGCUGCGAGUGCGACAAGGCCUUCAAGUGUAAGAUGGGGCUGCUGCAGCACCGAGUGGUCCACUCCGGAGAGAAGCCCUUCAUGUGCCAGACCUGCGGACUCAGCUUCGGCCUCAAGUACAACUUCCAGAGACAUCUGCGCCUCCACAACGGAGAGAAGCCCUUCAGGUGUGAUAAAUGUGGAGAGGGCUUCACGGGUACCUGGGCUCUGAAGACCCACAUGCUGGUUCACGGCGUGGAGAAGCCGUUCAUGUGCGACCUCUGUGGGAAGACGUUUUUCUACAACUGCCAGUUGCAGAAGCACCAGCAGCUGGUCCACGACAACAAGGACCGGCAGAAGGCCGGCGGGGUGGCGGGCAGACGGCGGCCGACCGUAGCCAAACCCUACGGCUGUAAGACCUGCCUGAAGAGCUUCAGCAGCAACACCACGCUAAGGACGCACGAGAAGAGCCACGCCGAGAACAAGGACUUUACCUGUGACACUUGCGGGAAGUCCUUCCACCUGCGCCACCUGCACCUUUACCACAUGAGGCAGCACAGCGGCGACCGGCCGUACGUCUGCAGCAUCUGCCAGAAAGGCUUCCUGCUGAUGUCGCAGCUGAAGCAGCACGAGCUCCUGCACACCGGAGUCAAGCCUCACAAGUGUGAAGAGUGCGGCAGAGAGUUCAGAACGCCGCAGAACUACCACCGCCACUUGCUGGUCCACACCGGCGAGAAACCCUAUGAGUGCGUGGUGUGCAGCAGGAAGUUCAGGCAGUCCAACCAGCUCAAGUCUCACAUGCAGAUCCACACCGGGGUGAAGCUGUACACCUGUGAGCGCUGCGGUCAGGGCUUCUCUGACUCGAGGCAGCUGAAGAAACACCGAUGUGGAGACGAGUUCCAGAGCUGCGAGUCGAGCAGCAAACGCAGGAAGCAGAAGAGCAGCUUCCCCUGGACCAAGAGCUUCACACAGCUAGCCUAGCAUAGAGACUGGAAACAGCUAGCCUAGCCUAGCAUAGAGACGGGAAACAGCUAGCCUAGCAUAGAGACUGGAAACAGCAAUCCUAGGCUAGCAUAGAGACUAAACAGCUAGCCUAGCUGAGCAUAGAAACUAAAUACAGCUAUCCUUGCUGAGCAUAGAGACAAACACAGCUAGCCUAGCUGAGCAUGGAGCUAACCACAGCUAGCCUAGCUGAGCAUGGAGCUAAACACAGCUAGCCUAGGUCUGUCCAAACCUCUCUCUCAAACAAACCGAAUUAUUUCUUGUCAAUAACAGCGUAUCAAUAUUGACAGACCGACAUAAGAUUAUUAUCCAUCCAAUAAUAUACACGUCAAAACUGAAUAAUCCCAGAAUGUUGUACAAUGGCUUUCAAACAUUUCUCUAUUUUUAUAUUUUUUUAAACAACAUUUGUGAAAAACAUGAUAAAUACAGUUCAUAGUUUCUUAUGAGUUGUAUAGUGGACGGGCAAUGUCUUGUUUUGUGUUCUGUUCACUCAGUUUUCAGUUGAAUUAAAGGGCCGGUUCACUUGUC